GCAACAGUUCCUGCUCCAUCACCAACCCCAUAAAUUCCCUUCUCUUAGCAUCAGCAGAGCUGCUCAGGAUGUGCUAAAAGACCUGGGUGGGGUAUAUAAGAUGACAGGAAGUCCACUCCGAGUACUCUGCUUCAGAUAAGAAGAGGUUCAAGCAAUCUUACACUUUCACCAUGGAGGACACAAGCACCAAGUCUGCAGUCACGAAGGAUGAGACCCAGAUGUGCCACGAUGCCCUUUCGCACCCUCCAAGUUACGGCUGGCAGCCCAGUCUCCUCUACAACCAGCACUUUGGCCUUCCUCCCUUCUUGGACUUCAGAGAUCUCAGCUGGAUAGAGAACAUUUUUAGGAAGCUACGGGCCUCCUCCUGGCCUGGAUACACCCAAGCAUCUGGAUUUGCCCCACAGCCAAGCCUGAAGACCCACAGAGAGGUGGGUGGAGGCGUUUCCGAGGUGUCGGUCCAGCGGAGCAGAUGGACUGUGAGUCUGGAUGUGAAUCAUUUUGCACCGUCAGAGAUUAUGGUGAGAACGCAGGGUGGCUUCCUGGAAAUUGAAGGAAAACACGAUGAGAGACAAGACGAACAUGGCUACAUCUCGAGAUGUUUCCUGAGGAAAUACAAGCUUCCUGCUGGAAUCAAAGCGGAGAGUAUUCACUCCUUUGUGACUGGAGAUGGAGUUCUUACCAUUGAAGCCACGUUACCCGACAUUGCACCACCAGCUGAUGUUAUAAUCCCAGUCCAGGUGGAAAUUGAGGCACCAGUUCUGGAAGACCAAAAGCACGAUGGCCACCAGCCUGGAGAGCCCAAGAUAGCAGACGUAGUCAUUCCUCCUGUAGAAAAACCUGAAGGCGACCCUUCAGGUGCUGCCGAUGAGAGGAGUCAUCACACAAACGGUCUACCUGAUGCACCGAAAAGUGUGGAGGGAGGAGAGGAAGCCAUGACGAGCCAGCAAGAUGGAGAAAGCAGGGAAGAAGAGAGUGUCGAAGUAGUUGAUUCAGCUGGAGCCACAGAAGAGGUGCUAGAUUCCCAACCUGAGGCUCCUGAAGCUCCAGACGCAGUGACAUCCGAGAGGGAACCAGAGACCCAGGGAAAGGAAGAGGACAAAGAGGUCCAGGAAGCAGAGCCAGAAGGAGAUCUGCCGAGUGCUGAUGCUGAGGGAGAACCUCCCGUCUCAGGGAGAACCCAGGAGGAGAUCCCAUCCAAGUUGGACGUCAAGGACAAACAGGCUGUAGAGCAAAUGGAGCAAAUCAAGUAGAUGAAGACGACUGCUUGGAGAGAUUGAUAAAAGUUCGCCACUCAUCCUUACUUCAGCCGAUUCAUUAACGUUAUCUGACAGGCAGUUUGCUGUAACAUGUAACUUUGA